AUGAACGGUGACCCAGCUAAACGUGCGAUUGAACAGCUCCGCCAGGAGUCCCAGAUCCCUCGAAUCAAGGUCUCUCAAGCUGCCAGCGAUCUGGUUAAGUAAGUUGAAGUCUCUCGACGACUUCAAUAUAACUUUAGGUAUGUCCAAGAGAACGAAAAGGAAGACUAUCUGAUGAAUGGGUUCCCUUCGGACAAGAUGAAUCCCUAUCGCCCCAAGAACAGCUUCCAAUGCAAGGUUCUCUGA